UGCUCAUCACCCUCGUCGUGCUUAUGCUUUGUGCUUCAAGCAUGUUCAUUUUUUUAGGCGCCGGCUUUUGACACUCGCCACCGACAUAACCUCAAAUAGUGUCUGCCGUAAACAUCCUGAGUGUUUCUCUUAAAAUCCCGAGAAAAUCCGUGAAAAGUGUACAAAUUUAUGUGUUAAUCGUCCAAUAAGCACUUCCUUGCAUCAUGUUUCAGAACGCCGACAAGAUAAAAGAGGCAAUCUAUGAGGAAUUGCACAAUAUACUCAAUCCAGACACGUCCAUCAGGAGUUCCGGAGAGGAGCGUCUGGCUCAGCUCAAAUUCACGGACGGAUAUGGCGUUUAUCUGGCAGAGAUUGUGAUGAAUCAGUCCUUCGACUUGUCCCUACGCCAACUGGCUUCGGUGAUGCUGAAGCAGUACGUGGAGGCGCACUGGUGUCCGGAUGACAACACACAGAUCGCCGCGUGCGACCAGGCGAAGAAGAUGAUCAAGAACAUCCUGCCCAACGGACUGUACGACUCCAAUAGCAAGAUCCGCUCGGCGGUGGCUUACACGAUAUCCACGAUAGCAUCUUACGAUUGGCCAACCAACUGGAACGAGUUGUUUGACAUAAUCGUGAAGUGCCUGGAGGGCAAUGACGACUCCGUGCACGGUGCCAUGCAGGUGCUGGUGGAGUUCACAUAUGACCUGGAUCAGCAGAUCACCGACGUGGGGCCCAUUAUCAUCUCGGAGGUGUGUCGAAUCUUUGAGGCGGACUCGGCCUUCAGCGUGACAACGCGCUCGUGUGCCGUUGACAUAUUCAAGGCUCUCCUCAAGGCCAUUAACACACACAUCCCGUCAAAGCAGGCGCAGGCGGAGAUGCUGAACCCGGUGCUGCCCAAGUUCCUCGAGAAGAUGAUCACCAGCCUCACGCUGCCCAAUGGGCCCACCAGCAACUUCUCCAUGAAGAAGUCCAUCCUCAAGGUCCUCUGUUACAUGAUCCGCGACAUGCCGCGCUUCAUCCAGCCGCACAUCAGCACAAUCCUGCCGCCCAUUUGGCAGCUCAUGACUCAGAUGGCGGACAUGUACGUGAAGAUCUCAGUCAAUCGGAGCGUCGAGUCGCCGUUCGCGGACAAUGACGACGAUGACGAGUCGUCCAACUUCUCCUCGAUGAUCCUGCAGCUGUUCGACUUCAUCCAGGGCAUCAUCGAGUCCGGCAAGUUCAAGUCCACCAUCCACAGCGUGCUCACGGACCUCAUCUACAUCAUGGUGGUGUACAUGCAGAUCACCGAGGAGCAGAUCGAGAACUGGACUGACGAUCCUGAGAACUUCGUCCAGGAUGACGACGAGGAGGGCACAGACUUCUCCAUUCGCGUGUCCGCCCAGGAUGUGCUGCUCAUCCUUUCGCAGGAGUACGAGAUGAAGGUGCUGCCGUCACUGUCAGAGGCUCUGUCGCGGCACUGCGUUGUGGCGGACGCGGAAAAGAACGCAGGGAAUGGGAACUGGUGGAAGAUUCACGAGGCGUGCAUGCUCACAGUUGGCAACUACGAGGUCCUGAUUGCUGAGCAGGAUGAGAAGGGAGAGAAUGUGUUCAAUCUGUCAGAGUACCUCAAUCUGGUGCGGAAUCUGAUGAACCACGGCGUGUGGCCCUUCCUCUCGGGGCGCUGCAUCUGGCUCAUGAGUCAGUUCUCCAAGUCCAAUGUGUACACCAUGCAGCUCCUCACGGAAGUGCUGGACACCACGCUCAACUACAUCGGAGACGACAAGCCAAUCGUCCUGCGCAUCAGUGCCAUCAGGGCGGUGCACUGCUUCUGCGAGAAUCUCGAGGGAGCGUCAGAUGAGAAGAGGAACCUGCUGCUGUCGAAGCUGAAUGGCUUCGUGGAGGGAAUCCUCGCACUUGCUGGCAUGGGAAAGCAGAAUCUGCUCAACUUGAUCCUGGAAACACUGCAGGCUGUGAUCUCCUUUGACCAGCAAUUCACUGCGUCCAUCCAGGCGAAAAUGAUUCCACUCACUAUUGCCGUCUUCCUCAAGCAUCACGACGAUCCUUUCACGCUGGAACUGGUGCACGAUCUUCUGCGGACACUGUCGCAGAACUCCUACUGCUUGCAGCCUCUCCAGGAGAAGCUCAUUCCCACGAUCGUGAGCAUCCUGAAUCUGCAGCGGGAACAGGCGGGCUCCUUCACACCCGCCACCGCGCUGGAGGUCCUCCAGACCCUCGUGGUGAACUGCAAGCCUCCGCUGAGUGAUAGUCUAGUCGAGAGCGCCUUCCCGGCGAUGGUGCACAGCAUCCUGCGCUCUGACGAUCCCGCCGUGAUCCAGAACGGCGGCGAGUGUCUGCGCGCCUUCGUGCACGUAUCACCGGAACAGGUGUUCAAAUAUAAGAACGGCGAAGGUCUCAACUACAUCAUGCAAGUCACGACCAUGCUGCUCAAUCCCACCAAUAACGAGUCUACUGCGGCCUUCGCGGGGAAACUCGUGAUCACACUCAUCACGAAGGCGGGCGAUUUCCUGGGCGAGAACAUUGACCUGCUGCUCAAGGGUGUGAUCAGCAAAUUGCAGCUCGUGAGUGCGCUCAGCAUCGCCAUGAGUCUCCUGCUCACCUUCGCUCAUCUCUUCCUCACGCAAAUGGAGGCGGUGCUGAACUUCCUCAGCACCGUUCCCGGACCCACGGGAGAGCCCGCCAUGGCGUUCGUGUUCGGCAACUGGCUCAAUCGCCACGCCGACUUCUACGGCACGUACGAGCGGAAGGUGAGCAUAAUGGCGCUGUGUAAGAUCUUCGAGUACGGAGUGACGUCGAAGGACAUUCGCAUCACGUCGGUGACGAUCAAGGAGCACGUGAAGCAUCACAUCACGUCCAAGCCGCGCACGCGCUCGCAAACAGUCGAUCAGUGGCUGUCGAUUCCCAUUCUCGUGAAGAUCUUCAAGCUCAUUAUUGGCGAACUGGUGUAUCUGCAGGAGUACGAAGUGGCGGGAGAGGAAUCCGACGAUGCCACUGACGACGAGGAGGAGGAUCCCAAUCAGUCGCAAGAAGUGCAAGUCUAUCUCUCUGGCCGGAUCUUCAACAGAUACGAAGAGGAAGUGGAGAAGAAUGAUCCUCUCUUGGAGGAGCUCAUCCGGCAGGAGCCCAUGUUCCAGAACUCCAUGGAGGAGAACCUCACGAAAUUCCUGCAGAACUUCAGUCGGGACGAGCACUUCAGGGAGUUCGCUCAGCAUCUCAAUGACGACGAGAAGAGCACUCUUCAGCGAUAUGUUGAGAUGACUCUGUAAACCCACAUUGGCAAUACUCUGGCAUAUUUUUCUAUACCGAUGUACAUUUUUGAGCAUUUUGAGGCGAUCAAUUCGAAUGAGUGAAGCGAAAAGUGAUGUGAUAGAGACAAACAUGAAUAUAAAUUUGCAUUCAAA